UGAUUUCCUACUACAGUUCCCAGAAUGAUUUGCUGCAAUCCUUUCUUAUUAUUUCCUGCUGGAGGCCAGAAUAGGAGCAGCUUUUGUUACUGGAAUGAGAGAUUCCUGCAAGACUGGUGAAGGUAACCUCUUGGCGUCUGUGUCCCCAUGGACAACUGAACCAACUGUAGGCGCUGUCAUUUACUUUUAAAAAAGAUCGCGGCGAGAUCAAGUGUGCUGAUCAGGAGACUCCUCCAAGAGAACCGAUCGGACCACCAUGACUGAUCUGCUGAGGAUGGACAACGACGGAGGCCAUAAGACCGAGAAGAUAUUUAACAUUACUAUGGAGAUCAUCACACUGCUGGCCGGAGAGGACUGUCGAGUGGUGAAGAAGGCAUCUGGAGAAAAUGUGGCGCCAAGCAAUUGCCCCCGAGUUACAGGAGACAAAUCCAAGAAACAUAAAGAGAAGAUCCUCGGGGUCACCAACAAGAUCAUAGAGCUGCUGACAGGAGAGGAGGAGGAGUACUCGGAAGAAGAAGAAGAUUGGGAAGAGGAUGAGGUAGAAGAGGAGAGUCCACCAUUUCCUAAAUCACUGUAUGGAUCCAGUAAUGGCAACCCACCAGAGAGAUGUCCCCGUCCUCUGUAUUCCCGGGACUCCACACAGGAACAUCCCAACCUUCCUUACCGUUUUCAGGCAGAAAACCGGAGAGACAUGAAUAUUAUUGUGAAAGAGGAAGAAGAAGAGGAGGGGAUCGAAAUUCCUCUUACGAUGAAAGAAGAGGAAACAGACUGUGACAUGGAUGAGGACAACGACCUUGCAGAAGACUCUCCAGAAGAACCCUCCAACCCCGAAGAAUGGUUUUCCGACAGCGGCGAUGCCACCACCCCCGACACAGCAUACGACGGUGACAAGUUAUUUCCUUGCUCUCAGUGUAGUAAAUGUUUCACCAGGAAGUCGAGUCUUAUCCGUCAUCAGAGAAUUCACACGGGCGAGAAGCCAUUUCCCUGUUCGGAAUGUCAUAAACGUUUCACGCGCAAAGCCACUCUUCUGGAGCACAUGAGGGUUCACACAGGAGGGAAGCCAUUUGUGUGCGCAGAGUGUGGGGAAGGCUUUGCACAGAAUUCCGAACUCAUCAACCACAAGAAGACUCACGCAGACGACAAGCCACUUGCAUGCAUGGACUGCGGGAAAUGUUUCCAGCAGAAGUCUGAUCUUGCCGUCCAUCGGAGGGUCCACAGAGCCAAGACAACUUUUACGUGUCCCGACUGUGGCAAAGGCUUCAUCCAAAAGUCGGUGCUCGUCAUUCACCAAAGAACUCACACGGGCGAGAGGCCUUAUUCUUGCGACGAGUGUGGAAAAAGUUUCACACAGAAGUCGGACCUGGUGGUCCACCGGAGAACCCACACAGGAGAACGGCCCUUUAUGUGUGUUGAGUGCGGGAAGAGCUUCACGCAGAAGUCAACGUUGGUUAUCCACCAAAGGAUCCACCGGGGGGAAAAACCGUUUACCUGCAAGGAGUGCGGAAGACAAUUUACUCAGAAGUCCACUCUGGUGACCCACCAAAAGCUUCAUACGCCACUUAAGUUGUUACAUUGCUUUUCCAGGAAUCCUCAGUAGGCGGUGGGGUCACAUAAAAGCACUUUUGACUCAAGAGGCACAAGCAGUGUUAAGGCGGGUGCUUCCCAAUCCUAGAAGCCCAUGGAGGACAACUGUUGGUCUUUCAAACUAAGCCAGAUUAGGUAAAUUGGACCUCAUUUUAUGGGCACCUACUUGAGCUCUGCCAGAGCCAUUCGUUUGAUAGAAGACCUAGACAAAGACCCAGACUAGAAAGACAAGCUAUCAGUUGAGACAGCUUGGAGUCAACCAUGAGGAUCUUAAGC